AGCCCAAGUAAAAAGUCGACAUCGCUGAUCGCCAUCUUGGUAGGGUCAAUGCCUUUCUAGAUGACGGAAAGAUUGCAAAAGAGUUGCGUUGAUUCGAAAGAAAAGCGACAGAAAAGUCAUCGAGCAGACACAGCUCUUCUUCCGCUUCGAAGAGGGGGGAGCGUACUUUGAAAGCUACUAGUUUUGGUCUUUGCCACUAUCAAGAUGGCGACAAGAACGUGGCUGAAAACCCGGAAGGGGAAGGGCGACGAGUCGCCGUGAGGGACCUGUGGAAGUCUGCGCGCACAUGUGUGGUUGUUGGUUUUCGUAAUAUUCUACUUCGGUUGAGUCUCAUCCAAGAUGGGCAAGAAGGGCAAACUGGGCAAGAGCAGAAGGGACAAGUUCUAUCACUUGGCCAAAGAGACGGGGUUUCGCUCCCGUUCGUCCUUCAAGCUCAUCCAGUUGAACCGCAAAUUCCAGUUCCUUGCGAAAUCACGGGCUCUCUUGGAUCUGUGUGCUGCCCCUGGAGGAUGGCUCCAAGUGGCUUCAAAGUUCAUGCCAAUUUCCAGUCUGAUUAUUGGGGUUGACCUGGUGCCCAUCAAGCCCAUCCCCAACGUGGUCACUCUGCAGGAAGAUAUCACCACAGAGAAGUGUCGCCAGGCCCUGCGCAAAGAACUGAAGACGUGGAAAGUGGACGUUGUGCUGAAUGACGGGGCCCCCAAUGUGGGAGCCAGCUGGGUGCAUGAUGCCUUUUCGCAAGCCAGCCUUACCUUGUCUGCGCUCAAGCUGGCCUGCGACUUCCUGUCCAAGGGUGGCUGGUUCAUCACCAAGGUUUUCCGUUCCCGGGACUACCAGCCCCUUCUGUGGAUCUUUCAGCAGCUCUUCCACAAGGUGCAAGCCACAAAGCCACAGGCCUCGCGCAAUGAAUCGGCGGAAAUCUUUGUCGUCUGCCAGGGCUACUUAGCCCCGGAAAAAAUUGACAGCAAAUUCUUUGACCCCAAGUUUGCGUUCAAGGAAGUGGAGGUGCAAGCUAAAUCUGUGAGUGAGUUGGUGACAAAGAAGAAGCCUAAGGCUGAGGGGUACGAAGAUGGUGCAACAGUUCUCUACAACCGCUGCACGCUGACAGAUUUUCUGAAGGCCUCCAACCCUGUGGACUUCCUCUCCAAGGCCAGCGAGAUUGUCUUGGACAAUGAAGAGCUGAAACGCCACAGUGCAACUACUGAGGAGUUGUGCCAUUGUUGUCAGGACAUCCGUGUUCUAGGCCGCAAGGAGCUCCGGGCGCUCUUGACUUGGAGGGCAAAGCUCAGGCGGUUCCUUGCCAAAAAGUUGAAAGAACAAGCCAAAGAAAUGAAUAUCAGCUUGAGCUCCGGCGAAGAGGAGGAAGAAAUACAGGCUGGGCGAGCAGCUCCGGAGCCCCAGGGUGGUGAUGAGCUGCCAGAAGAAAAAACGGAAGAGGAGGAACUGGAGCUGCAACUAGCCAAUCUCAAGGCCGAGGAGGUGGCGGAACUCAAGCGGAAGAAACGCAAAAUUCUGCGUGAGCGGCGGCGGCAGCGAGAGCGCAUUGAGCUCAAGAUGGACCUUCCAGGUGUUUCUGUGGCAGACGAUGGGGACACAGGGAUGUUCUCCCUCCGGACCAUCAACAAGGAUCAGCUGCUCCACGAGGUGGUCCAGGGUGACAUGACUGCAGCAGACUCUUUUGUGGCAACUGCAACGGCCACAGAUGACCUGUCCCUCUCAGAGGGGGAAGAAUCCGGUGACGACAUCUCUUUAGCCAGCGAGCUGGACGAUGAAGAACUGGCCGAGGUUGAGGAGAAGGCACACCAGCUGAAGUCAGCCCAUGCCCCUGUGAGGACUGCUAAGGAAGAGGAGGAGACUGACGAUGCAGAGGUUGGGAAUCCCCUGCUGGUGCCUCUGGAAGACAAGGAGGAACUUGAGAAGCAUCAGGCCCACCUGUGGUUUGGUAAGGAAGCUUUUGCUGGGAUCGAUGACGACGGCGAUGAGGAUCUGGAGAUUGGGCAGGCCCAGAUCCUGUCCCAAAGCCAGGUGGCUCCUGCAACAGGCUCCCAAAAGGUGGAGAAGAAGCAGAAAAAGGUCCCCAAGUGGGAGGCUGCACCAGAGUUGACCCUCAAAGGAGACCAGGAUUCAGAAGGAACCAAAGCCCCUUCAGAAGCAAAAGAUUCUGACAGGGAAGAGAGUGACAGCAGUGACAGCGACGAGGAGAGAGAGCAGCCAGGUUCGCGUGUGGGAGUGAAGCGUCCCUUGGCAGAGUCAGGUGGUAUCGAGGUGGUCCCUAUUGAAGAUCCAGUGAAACGAGCUCGGAUUCUGGACCCCGAGGGACUGGCGCUGGGAGCAGUCAUUGCCACAUCCCACAAGGCCAAGAGAGAUUUGAUCGAUGACUCUUUCAACAGAUAUGCAUUUAACGAAGAGGAGGGGGAGCUACCUGAGUGGUUUGUCCAGAACGAGCAGGAGCAUCGGCGCAAACCGCUGCCUGUGGACCGGCAGGCAGCCGAAGAGUACCGCCAGCGCUGGCGGGAGAUCAAUGCCCGGCCCAUCAAGAAAGUGGCAGAAGCCAAGGCCCGCAAGAAGCGCCGGAUGCUGAAGAAACUGGAGCAGAUGAAGAAGAAAGCAGAGUCUGUGGUGAACACUGUGGACAUCUCGGAGAGGGAAAAGGCUGCCCAACUGCGCAGCAUCUACAAGAAGGCAGGGUUAGGCAAGGAAAAACGGAAAGUAACCUAUGUCGUGGCCAAGAAGGGCGCAGGCCGGAAGGUUCGCCGGCCCGCAGGAGUGAAAGGUCAGUUCAAGGUUGUUGACAGCCGUCUCAAGAAGGAUGUGAGAGCCCAGAAGCAGAAAGAACAGAAGCCAAAGCGCCGGCGGCGGAAGUAAAGGACUGUUAUGUUACCACGGGAUUGUGAGUGUCUCUCAUGCAGGCCUGAAAUUAGUCAGAAUGUUGAAAGAACGUUCCGGAAUGUUUGGGACACCCUGAACUUGCCAAGCAGCAAUAAAAGGACUAGUUCCUGCCUUGUGCUGUAGCUGUAAAUAUACCAAGACCUGAAAUUUGCACAUGUGGUGGGUAUCGUUUGGGUGCCUUCCCUUCAGGAGUUCUGUUCUUUGUCAUUAAAUCAUUUUUCCCCAUAAG